AUGAGUACUGAGGAGAAAGACGUGAAAAGAUUGGUCACUGUGGACUACCUUCAGAUGGUGGGCCUGAUACCGUGUGACAAAAAUAUGGCGGUGGAAAACUCGGAGAUGUUCAGACAUUGUAUCGUUCCUCCUGCUCCAAAAAGGAAGUUUGGCGAAGGAAGUGGUCUCACUCCUCCGAGGAAGACGCUUAUGACCUUCUGUCACGCCCAGCAACGAUCGGUCGAUUACAAGGAGUUGAUCAAGGUCCUAAAUGAUCAACUCGUGGAGGCUCGAGCGAAAACGGACGCUCUUCAGUCCAAGCUGGAACAGGCAGAGAAGACUGUGACUGAGCAAAAUGAGUCUCUCAAGGGGUUGGAUGAUGGGAAUAAUCAGCAAAAUCAAGCCAACAAAUCCUUGACUAAUCGGCUAGACGGACUGACUCGUGAGAACGAGGGCUUAGCUCGCGAGAACGAGGGACUGAUUAGCGAGAAUGAAGAGCUGAAGCAAGAGAAAGAGGCCGAUCUAACCCGCUAUGAGGAGACCUGCUUCAACUGCUUCUACCAGUUGUGGAAGCUAAAUAAACCCCUCAAGCUUGACUUUCUGACCGAAGAGAUCCAGGCAGAGGAGCUUGCCAGAUACUCGGAGAUGUUCAGACAUUGUAUCGUUCCUCCUGCUCCAAAAAGGAAGUUUGGCGAAGGAAGUGGUCUCACUCCUCCGAGGAAGACGCUUAUGACCUUCUGUCACGCCCAGCAACGAUCGGUCGAUUACAAGGAGUUGAUCAAGGUCCUAAAUGAUCAACUCGUGGAGGCUCGAGCGAAAACGGACGCUCUUCAGUCCAAGCUGGAACAGGCAGAGAAGACUGUGACUGAGCAAAAUGAGUCUCUCAAGGGGUUGGAUGAUGGGAAUAAUCAGCAAAAUCAAGCCAACAAAUCCUUGACUAAUCGGCUAGACGGACUGACUCGUGAGAACGAGGGCUUAGCUCGCGAGAACGAGGGACUGAUUAGCGAGAAUGAAGAGCUGAAGCAAGAGAAAGAGGCCGAUCUAACCCGCUAUGAGGAGACCUGCUUCAACUGCUUCUACCAGUUGUGGAAGCUAAAUAAACCCCUCAAGCUUGACUUUCUGACCGAAGAGAUCCAGGCAGAGGAGCUUGCCAGAUACUCGGAGAUGUUCAGACAUUGUAUCGUUCCUCCUGCUCCAAAAAGGAAGUUUGGCGAAGGAAGUGGUCUCACUCCUCCGAGGAAGACGCUUAUGACCUUCUGUCACGCCCAGCAACGAUCGGUCGAUUACAAGGAGUUGAUCAAGGUCCUAAAUGAUCAACUCGUGGAGGCUCGAGCGAAAACGGACGCUCUUCAGUCCAAGCUGGAACAGGCAGAGAAGACUGUGACUGAGCAAAAUGAGUCUCUCAAGGGGUUGGAUGAUGGGAAUAAUCAGCAAAAUCAAGCCAACAAAUCCUUGACUAAUCGGCUAGACGGACUGACUCGUGAGAACGAGGGCUUAGCUCGCGAGAACGAGGGACUGAUUAGCGAGAAUGAAGAGCUGAAGCAAGAGAAAGAGGCCGAUCUAACCCGCUAUGAGGAGACCUGCUUCAACUGCUUCUACCAGUUGUGGAAGCUAAAUAAACCCCUCAAGCUUGACUUUCUGACCGAAGAGAUCCAGGCAGAGGAGCUUGCCAGAUCUUGA